UUUUGUCAAAUUGACAGUUAACAUUUAAGUUAGAGUUUAUCCUCGUUUUUACGUCUUUUAUUAAUUUUCUGAUUAAAUUUGUAAUGCCUUGAUAUCAGUAAAAAUACGCGACAAUGUUUGUUACUUACUUAACUGUGUUUAUUACGUUUAUAGUAAUAACCAAUAUUGGUCCGGUCUCAUCGGAAUGUACAAUUCCAAUAGUAUUGAGAAACACAUGGUUUUCUUACGAAAAUGGACAACAAACUAUUACUGAUAUCAAUGCUAGCGAAAUGACAGGAAGGGGUGUAUGUGUAAACAUAAAGGCAGAUUACCAUGUUAACUAUACAAUGGUAUUCAAGUACACAAAUUGUUACUACUGCGUGAAAUUGAUAGCCCGCACGGUAAAUGUUCUAGAAAAGAUUGAAACUCCUUGUGUAGAUGUAGCUCCUGAGGAGCCUACUGUUGAGAGAGUGUGCCGCAGUUUGAUCCCUGAUCAACAGUUUAUAACCUUAUUCUCUGAAAAUUCAGUCCCAGUAAAUUGUCGUUCAUCACUCGAAGGAGUUUGGCAGUUUGCUUAUCAGAACCGAUUUCGUUUCACCGGAGAGUGCAACCACCCGGAUGCACAGAUUAAGUCAUGUCAAACUGCAGGCACACAGUUUUUGAUCACCAAUCAGAAAUUCAACAUCACUUAUAGGAAAUGUUCGGGAAUGUCUGGCACUUUUGAUGGUGUUGUUGAAUAUAGCUGUUUGGGUCAUUGGUUUGUGGACAAAAACCAUUUCUUUGCUGUUGCGAACACGAAGGAAUCACGUAAAGAUGAACGAUACCGUUGUUUUCUUAAGAACAGAGAUGACGAUCUGUACAUUGGUGCUUCUAUAACACCACAGUGUAGCACAUUGAAGACCGUCGAGAAAUCUCCAGAAAGAUAUCGCAUUACACCAGUUAAAGCUGAAGUGGUUGAACCUGGUUGUCGUUUACCACAAAACUUCUCUGGAGACUGGAUUAAUACAGCUAACAUUGAUGCUGAUGUAUUUAUCAACGAAACACAUAUCAUCGAAACAUAUUAUCCAGAUGAGGGACGUUUCAGACGGACUAUUUAUGUUUGCAGGGAACAACGAGAUAGUAGGGUCAUGAUGGCGCGUCUUUCAGUAGAUGGUUGUCAAAAGGAUUACGUUUGUUUUGACUUCAUGCCUCAGCAUCAUAAUGUUAUAAGAUUCCGUAAAGGCUUAGCGAUGAUUCAAAGUAACUUCCAUACUGUUUGCUCAUGGGUACAAUUCCCUAACAAACAGCAAUGGCGAUAUGAUAUAUUCCUUAAGAAAGAUCCGUCACCCAUUCGAUGUCCCGUCGCUGGGAAAUUUAAUUUUACCCAAAAAGGAGAUGUUAGAUUUGAAACAAGGAUACUUGGAGGUGUAACUUUAAGUCCUCGUCCAAAUCUUUACUGUAAAAUCAAUAUAAGUGAUUUCUCAGUUUGCGACACUGAUCAAAAAACGAUACAAAUAAAGGAGAAUUAUUGUCUGUCUGUGGAUCAUUUGGGUAGGCCGGUUGAUAUAUACAGUGAUCCAGAUUACAAGAUGAAAUGUAUCGGAUAUUGGAAGGAGAAUUUGAAAUCCUAUUUAAUUACUUAUGAUGAAUUAGAUCCAUUCUCCAAAUACCGUUGCUGGGUCUAUCAGAGAGCUGAUUUAAACAGGGUUCUAAUGUCUCAAGCGUUGGGUCCAUAUUGCGAUUUAAAACAAGAUGUGACGUCAUGGAACUAUACGGAGGGCGCAGCUGUCGCUAUAGAGAUGGAAGAAUACGAACGAGAACGAGACCAAUGUCCUAUGCAUUUUGACGAUGGCAGUGACCCAUGGGCAACUAAAGAAAAUUAUAUCAAAAUAUUCACAUUCAGCUAUUCUUUUUGGAAGAAUAAUGGUGUGUCAGUGUUGCAAGUAACUAGUUUGUUUAUAUUCAUGGUUACUUUAUCACUUUGUAAUAAAGUUUUUUAAAAUGUGUAUUUGAUAUGUAAGUUUAACAAUGUUUUAGGACGAAAGCUUUUUUAAUUUU